AACACUUCGAGAGAAAAAAAAAGAAUCCCACAAUCAACAAAGUCAGAGAGAGACUCCAAGAAAACAAAGCAGCUCCAGGAUACGAAUCUCUCUCUCAGUAAAGUCUACUCAAUCUCAUGGCAGCGACAGCCUCCUCCAUGGCGGCCACCGCCGUGUUUGUGCCACGUGUUCCCUCCACAACCGCCCGCUGCUCCGCCUUGCGUUACCUCCCACCUCGUGUCUCCUCCUCCCCGUCUUGCUUUGCCAUUAGAGCUUCCUCAGAGUCCCGGAGGCAUUACCUUCAGGUCAGAGCAUCAUCUUCUGAAGAGACAUCCACUUCCGUUGACACUGGAGAGUUAAUAUCAGACUUGAAGGAGAAGUGGGAUGCAGUUGAAAACAAGUCAACAGUACUUGUGUAUGGAGGUGGGGCAAUCGUUGCUUUGUGGCUGUCUUCAAUAGUUGUUGGUGCCGUCAAUUCAGUGCCACUGCUUCCAAAGAUCCUGGAGUUGGUAGGGCUAGGAUAUACUGGAUGGUUCGUCUACCGUUACCUGCUCUUCAAGUCGAGCAGAAAAGAACUAGCUACAGACAUUGAUGCAUUGAAGAAGAAGAUCGCUGGAACUGAAUAGAUCCUAUGAUUGGCUGGCAAAGGUCAAGCGUAUUUAUCUUAGCCAUCAUUUCAUUGUGGUUCUAUAUCUCCACCGUAAGAGGCAUUUGUAUCAUGUAAUGUAAAAUAGGUGGUCUUUUGAUUUUUGUUUGUUAGUCCUGUAUUCCCCAUACUUCAUCUUUGAAAUAAGAUUUGACAAUUUUUAUGUCAA